UCUACCUGGUAAAAGAUAAUUAUUAAUCAAUCAGAGAUAUUUUAAGAUGGAUGUUCAAGAAGAAAGAAUUGAUGAAGAAAAAUCAAAAAAAACGGAUGAAAAUAAGACUAUUUUAGAUUUAAGUGAUGGAGUGAUAUAUUUUGGAACACCUACAUCAGCAGAAAAAAGGCUGCAUGCAAUGGAAACACCACCAAAACAUAUAUCAUCAAGGAGGAAAACUAUUCUUCUUCCAUCUAAAGCAAUUCUUUAUUCAGCAGGAAAUUCAAAUCAACAAGAAAAUUGUAAAGAAAGAAAAAGUAGACGACAAAGUUAUUUAUAUGCAACAAAGAAUUCAGUUAUGUUAGAACAACAAAGACUUCAAGAGAUUAUGGAUGAUAAAGAUUUUGAAUUAUAUUCUAAUAAUUCUAUGGAGGAAAAUUUAUUAUUUACAGAAGCACCAGGAAGUAUUGAGCGGAAAAUUAAGAAAAAAAAUGAUACAGGAAAGUUGUUUCUUACGCCAUCUACAUGCCAAAGACGGGUAAAAACAUUAAGAAGAUUUUCUGUUUUUAAUACUAUGAUACCUCGUUCAAUACCAAGUAUUUCUAGAAGAAAAUCUACAUCAUUAUUAUUGCAAAAACAAAAUAAAAUAAUGCAUGAUACACAUGAAAAAAAUAUUUUGACGCCAGAAAUGCCAUUAUUAUGUUGUAUUAGAAUUCAAGCAACUAUACGAGGGUAUUUAAUUCGAAAGUCUAUUUUUCUUCAAAAUCAAGCUGCAAGAAUCAUUCAACUUAAAUAUAUUACUAUACUUUCAAAGAGGAGGUUUUCUCUUCAAAAAAGAUCUGCUAUAAUUAUUCAAUCUGCAUGGCGUGGUUGGCUUGGAAGAAUGCGUUAUCUCGAAAUGAUAGAAGCAUGUAUUUGUAUUCAAAAAUGGUGGAGACAAUUAUCUAAGGAAAAAAAGGCAAAACAGACAAAAGAAGUUGUAAGAGUAGAAGAAAGGGAGGUUAUAAAAAAUAUAUCGAAUAAUUCUAGUCUUCAUGGAUUUUUAAAAAAAUGGGAAUCUAAAAAAGCACUAGUAACUGCUACAAAAGAUAAAAAUAUAAAAGAAAAAUUUAUGCUAGAGGAUAACAAUACAAGUACGGUAGAUAAGAUAAAGGAAAAUAUUCCACCUCGUUUAACUGAAGAAUUAUCAUCCCCACAAAAACCAAAUCUUAUAUCUAAUCAAUCACCAAAAUCAUUUAAAAAGACAGCAAAACAAAAGAUUUCUUCGUCUGAUUCUAGAUCUGCAUCAUCUAUGACAUUAAUGCUGAAACAAUCUAUAUCAACCGCUAGGAUAUUAUCUAACCCUACAAAUUCCAUUUUAUCCACUACUGCACAUAAUUAUUGUACAUCAUUUCAAAACCGUUCAAAGUUACCAAGAUCACGACUUGCGGCACCAGGAUUUGCUUCAAAAACUUCUGUAUUAACUGACGUUUCUCCGAAUCUAUUAAACCAAGAUACGAUAGAUGUAUUAAAUACACCAGCAAAGAAAAAUAAAGUAGAUGGCGUAUCUGCAAUUGCAUCAAAAGUUUCUACUCCGAGCCCUAGAAAGAAUCCUUGUCUUACAUCACCACUUAGGAAGACAACAAAAAAAAACCAACUACUUGGUUAUCGAAAAACAGCAUUAUUGGCUCCUCAAAACAUAAAUUCAAUGCAUUUUUCACAUGUUAUACCCGAAAGUACUUCACCUCAAAAAAACAUCAACCAUUUUGUAAAUAAUGGGCUUAGUUCCCCUUCAAGACAUAAAAUUAUUAAUCAAUCAGACCUUACUUCUAAGAAUUUAGAAGUAAAUAAUGAAGAACGAAAUUUCCCUACCCGGUCUAGAACAACAGAAUCAAAAACAUUAUCUACAUCUACUUUACAAUCUUAUACAUCUGCGAUAAAAAAUAUCAUUUCUCAGAAUUUGUCCGGUUCAUACAGGUCUUUAAAUUAUUUAACUCUUGGGGAAAUAACCAAAAUGACACGGCAAAAUACAUAUCAAAACAGAAUAUACCGAUGUGAUUUUAAUAGAGUUAUUGUACGAAAAAAUUAUUCACGUCCUCCAUCACCUACUGCAAAAUCACAGUCUAAACUUGCAGCUGAAGCACGUAUUAGAAGAAGGAAAUUUCAAAAAGAAAAAAAACAUGAUUAUGCACUUGGACCAGGUGAUGAUGAUAAUUGGAUUCCAAAAGAACUCACUUCUUUGAAAAAAGGCGUAAAAUGGAAUAAACUUUUAGAAUCCGAAAUUGGUGAACCUAAUCAUGGCAUAGAGAAACUUAAUUCUAGUAAAAUAAAAGUUCAAAAAGGAUGUUUAUCUAAAAAAACAAAAUUGAUUCGAUUAGAUGAUCUUGGGAAUGUGUUAGAUGCACGUGAACCAUUGACACCUGUUAUAGGUAAAGCAGAAACUGUUAUUAUACAAAAAUUUCUUUACAAAGGAGAAGAAGAUGAAUAACAUAUUUUAAAAAAUAUUUGUCUUAUUGACUACAAAUAAAGUUGU